AUGAAAAACCAAACCUUUCUGACAGAAUUCAUUCUGCUGGGACUAACAGACAUCCCAGAGAUUCAACUUGUAAUCUUUAUACUUCUCUUCCUCACUUACAUAUUCAGCAUCAUUGGAAACCUAACAAUCAUCACCCUCACACUACUGAACGCCCAAUUCCAGACUCUCAUGUAUUUCUUCCUCUGGAAUUUCUCCUUUUUAGAAAUUUCCUUUACAACCACUUUUACUCCUAGGCUACUUUUCAGCAAGAGCAUCAGCUUCAGCAAGAGCAUCAGCUUUUCAGCAAGAGCAUCAGCUCAGUAUUUCUUUGCUGUAUUUCUUGGGGCCACAGAGUUUUACCUUCUGACUGUCAUGUCCUAUGACCACUAUGUAGCCAUAUGUAAAUCCCUACAUUAUACGACCAUCAUGAGCAGCAAGGUCUAUAUCCAGCUGGUUCUCUGCUCUUGGCUAGGUGGAUUCCUGAUCAUCCUAUCCCCAAUCAUCCUGACUAGUCAGUUGGAUUUCUGUGCCUCCAAGAUACUGAAUCAUUAUUAUUAUGACAAUGGACCCCUCAUAGAAAUAUCUUGCUCAGACACAAGACUCCUGGAGCUGGUAGACUUCAUCUUAGCAGUUGUGACCUUGUUGGUCACCCUGGUGCUAGUUAUUCUCUCCUAUACAAACAUCAUCCAGACCAUUCUGAAGAUACUCUCUGCUCAGCAAAGGAAAAAGGCCUUUUCCACAUGUUUUUCCUUCCUGAUUGUCAUCUCCCUCUCUUAUGGCAGCUGCAUCUUCAUGUACAUAAAACCCUCAGCAAAAGAAGGAGUUGCCUUCAGUAAGGGAGUAGCUGUGCUCGAUACUUCAGUUUCCCCUUUACUGAACCCAUUCAUCUACACUCUAAGAAAUAAACAAGUAAAACAAGCCUUCAGGGACAUGGCCAGGAAGAUUAUGAGUCUUUAA